GCAUGCACUUUCUACAGGAAGUGAGAAAAGCACAGACGAGCAUGAAUGCGAUCUACUGUAUGUCUUUUGCUCUUUGUGCUGAACGAUUCACUUCUGCUAGAUCCAGUUGAAACACUGUGAUUAUUUUGACCCAUGGUUUAUCAUUAUGGAUCACUGCUUCCUAACUGUGUGCUUCAAAGGGGAUAGACAACAUGUUUUUCUGGUGCACAAUCACGGCACCAGACUGCAAGAGAAACAGUUUGAACAUAUGAUGAGGAGAAGGUUGAAAUUUAGAGCUAAGCUCAAUAUGAUCUGUACAUACAAUACUACUAUAAAGGAUUACGUCUUGUGCCAUUUAUGACAACAGAAGCCUGCUUUUGACUCCAGAACAGUUGUGCAACCAGUAUGUGUAACAUCUGAAAUUUUGGACAGUGUUUUGGAAUGGUCAGCAAAUUCUUGCAUCACUCCUGGCAGCAUUAAUAUCAACCAAUGAUGCUUUAAAUAAAGUCUGAGAGGACUGAUACUGUGACACUUCCCACAGCCUUUAUUAGUUUUAUGAGCUCUGAUAAAGACGUGGGUUUUGCAUCGCCUCGUUUCUCUUUGCUAACACAGUAAUGGCAGAGGGCAUGUCUGUUAAACAUUUACUUUACUUUACUCCUGGAACGUGGGGUCGGGUGGCCAUGGACCCCUUCAGCCAGCUGAUCCUGCUCAUCUCGGUGGUGAGUUUUUGCACUUUCCAGUGGCUCUUUCACAGCGUGAGCCCCUGGGUUUCGUCCAGAAUCAGCCCUGGCUUCCUCAAACUCACCCUCAAACAGAAGAUCGAGUGGAACUCAAGGACUGUGUCCACGCUCCAUGCCCUGUUGGUCGGCCUCUUGCCUUACAUCCUGUUCUUCGAUGAGGCCGUCAAUCAGGACCCCGUAUGGGGAGAUCCUACUCUGGUGAAGAUAAACGUGAGCAUUACUACAGGCUACCUCAUAUCUGAUCUGCUGCUUAUAUUUUACUAUUGGAGAGCAAUAGGAGACAAGUUUUUUGUAAUCCACCACCUGGCAGCACUGUAUGCUUACUACUAUGUACUGGGUCAAGGAAUGUUGCCUUAUUUUGCUAACUUCCGUCUGCUUGCAGAGUUUUCCACACCGUGUGUAAACCAACGCUGGUUCUUUGAAGUAUUAGGUUACCCCAAAGCCUCCAAACCCAACAUGGCUAACGGGGUACUGAUGGCGCUUGUGUUUUUCCUGGUGCGGAUCGCCGUCAUGCCGGUAUACUACAGCCGAAUGUGCUCAGUGUAUGGCACGGAGGCCUUCUACAAGGUCUCCUUCGGCGGCCGAAGCGCUUGGAUCUUCUCCAGCAUCUGCCUGGACAUCAUGAAUGUCAUGUGGAUGCAUAAAAUCGCCCGAGGCUGCUACAAAGUCCUGCGUUCCAGCCGGAAAUCUAAACCCGUGAGCCAAGAGAACGGAAACCGAUUGAGUGAAAAGAAAGGGCAUUCGAAUUUUACACCACUUGCUCACAGACAGGGUCGUUGUCUUAUUGACGGUCUUCAUGGGACACUGUGGUGUGAUAGUGACCGGUAAAGACUUUGAAAACCACCCCAGUGCAAUAUUUCAGAGUUAAGACCGGAAACUCUGACAAAAUGUCAAAUUGAGAUCUAGUACACCAGAAAAGACUGGCCGCCCACUUUUUUUGUUUGUUUUGAAACCGUACACCAAAAGUGCAAACGAUGCACUGUUCGAGAUCACCGGCUGAACUGUAGUUUAACCAUGUUUGGUUUUAACUUUAAACUGUGGGCAGGUUAAACACAUUAUUUAUUCAUCAAAAUGCAGUUCCUCGCAAUCCAUCACUGUACUGUGCAAAGGGGCCAAGUGGUCAGUCACCUGAUGUUCACGUUUACUUCAAAGCCGCGUAUAUUGACUGUGAAAGAUUCAUCCACACAACUGCACUGCACUAAACGAGGAAAAUCUGUGUACUCAAGAAGAAUCUCUUGGAAAAUUAAUGUCACAUACUUGUGAUGUAUUAGAUAUUUUAUUGAAUGCACCGAUGAGAUCCAACUGUGGGUUAAAUAGGCAAAAUAUUUUAUAUAUACAAGAUGUGAGCAGUGGUUGCAUUAAUACGGAACUGUUUUUAAGAACGAAACCUGUUUACACUCGCUCCAGAUUCAGUUCAGAUUUCGCUCCGCUCCCAUGAAACGGACGUCACGCUUUGUUCGCACUGUACAGUUAAUUGCAUGCGACAAUGUUGUUCUCUGAAUGUUUGCAUUGUACAUAGAAAUUUUAUUGAACAUACGGUAAUUCUUUUAUUUGCGUUGGUGUGUACAGUGUAUCCGAUCAAUAAUUAAUAAAAUGAACUAUUA